AGUUUGACUAUAAAUUUUGCUAUGGAAGGAGUAAAUAUUCUGGCAGAAAAAAAUGGCUCUAUGAUAGAAAAUCUUGGUUUGGAUCAGGUUUCCUCUUCCAGCAAGGCAGAAUGUGUUUCUGAUUCUGUUGCGUGUUUGUCUCUAAAUGAACCAGCAUUUAAAGAAACCUUCAGUAAUGGCCAGCUAAAGUGUGAAGAUGAUGGGAAUUCAAAACCUCAUGACUUGGCCGAUGCAGGAGGACAGGGCUUUCUCCCAGGGCCAGCCUAUGGUUCUUCUACUGGCCAGUCAAGAAGAGUCAUCCCAGCACAUACCCCUUGGAAGAAUUUGUACUACAGAAUGGACAGUCAGAAGAGAGGUUAUUGCCUUGUCUUCAACCACAAAAAUUUCCAUCCCAAAGUCAACAUGAAUACACGUAAAGGAACAGACAAAGACCGGGAUGAUAUUGUGAAUCUCUUCACCAAGCUCAACUUCACUGUUCAAGUAUUCAAUGACUUGACUCUGGACUCACUGAAGAAACAGCUUGAUUAUUAUGCUUUGGGAGACCACAGUGCCUAUGACUGUCUAGUUGUCUUCUUCUUGAGCCAUGGAGAAGAUGGUGUGUUCUAUGCUCAGGAUGCAGCUUUCCGCCAUGAUGAGCUCUUUGAUGUGUUUGAUAGCAGCAACUGCCCAACCCUGGCUGGAAAGCCCAAGAUCUUCUUUAUCCAAGCAUGUCGUGGAGGACAGUUGGACCGCGGCGUCCUGAUGGUUGAACAGACUGACUCGCCAGGGUCAGAGUACAAGCUUCCCGUCACUGCUGAUUACUUCACCAUGUGGAGCACUGUUCCUGGUUACUAUAGCUGGCGCAACACUACCAACGGUUCAUGGUUCAUACAGUCGCUGCUGAAGGUUCUGCGCAGCCACGUCACACGAUUUGACAUCGCAUCUCUCCACUGCCUAUUAAACCAACACAUGAUCACGGAAUACGAGAGCAACACGCCUACUGACCCUGGUAUGCACAAAAUGAAGCAAGUUUCUUCAUUCGUCUCCACGGGCACGCACCUCCUGCACUUCUUCCCCCCAACGCCUAAGAAUUGACUGCUUUGGGAGCACUUGAGUGUCACAGAAGCUUCUUCGUUUCCUGACUUGAGAAAUUUGUCGGAAAUCACGGCUGGUUUGAUAGCCGGUCAGCCGUACAGCUCAAGUGCUACCAACUGUUAUGGCCCUGAGACAAGAAGUGAAGAACGUAUUGUAGGGUAUGUUUCUCCUUUCACUUCGCUCUAUCGACCUUUGAACUCAAUUGCUAGACUUUACAGUCCUGUGUGUGCAUCUGCUCAAAUUGGGCUUCAUGUUCAGAAGUCUGAAGCUUCUAUGAACCAUCUUAUUCAUGUCGAGAAAUGUUGCCUGUUUCUGUGCCAUCCUCAAAUGUUCCUCAUGAGGCUGCUUCUACUUCUGAAAAAGUAGAAAUGAAUCUUGGUCCCUCUUUGUUGAAUGACCAUCAUGUGAACAACAACAAGGAAGUGCCUCUGCCCAGAGUGCAAUUUAAAGCCACCGUUGAAUCAAGCGAGACUCGCAGCCUUGUUGCUUCAUCUAUUAACCCUCUCACCAGGUCAGAAAAACUUACAUCUAGUGAAGUCUCCCACAAAACUCCAGUCGUUUUAGAGGAGGAAAAAUUGUCUGGUGAAGUCUAUUUGCACAAUAAAGAGCCAGCAAAGACUAGAACUGCCAAGCCUAGUGCUGAAUGCCAUAAAAAAAGGCGUUUCGGCAGAGUCUCGGAUUAUUUCCGAGCUCGUUGGCGGAGACUCAAAAAGUUUUCAUAAAAAGAUUGUGAAUUCUGAAGACUUCAGGUGACGGAUAAUUUUGACUUGGGUGACCUUACUUGGUGUGUUGUUUGGAAAUUGAUGAGUUGGUUAGAGUUCAAUUCUCUAAUUACUGUUGCUUGACGACUUGGGAGAUGAUCAUUAACUUUGAAAGAGCAUCGUCUGAAAAUUUAAUUACUGUGAAGUUUUCCUAUCAAGCUCGUCGACUCUAAUUUAUUCUUCAAUUUAUCAGAACUGAAAAAUUCACGUCAGAUUGCCACAUUUCUUGAAAAUGGUCUUAAAGUCAAUUUUGUUGUAAUGUUAGUAUAUGGGUAUUUGGUGGAUUUUGUAUUAACCCAUUAUGUCAAUUUACUGUUUAUUUUAUGAUAUUAUGAUUGAUGUUAUGUAUCUCAUUCUGAUAUUAUUGACGGUAGCGAUUAUAAAGCAGUGGAAUAGUUUCAUAUAGAAGUUCAUGCAAAGUUUUUGUUCACAUAUUAACAAAAAAAUUCUUCUAUAUAUGAGUAUAAAAACUACCA